AUGUCCGAAAACAAUGCGACGGCUCUUCCGUUUGCACCGGGUUUCAGUUGUGAUUUGAGUUAUUCUGGAAUUUUCGAAAAUGUGAAAUAUUUAUUACAAUGUGCUUAUAUGGUACCUCCUGCUAUUCUAUACGCACGGAUACUGUAUGUAAUUUGGGUGAAAAAUCGAAAAAUUUAUAUUCAACAUCAGUUUUUUGUGAUUUAUUCAAUGGAUAGUGUGGUGGGUCUCCUACUUCUUCUCCUUGACAUUUUCAUCACUAGAUUUUACGUAUAUAUUCCUCAAUUUUGUGAAUCUAGCUCCAAAUUCUUCCUGUCCCACCCUAUUUUAAUGGAUAUUUAUUAUCCAUUUCUUAAUUACCUUCAUUGUUGUCAACCAUUAAUUCAAAUAUUUCUGACCCUAAAUCGAAUGUCUUCAGUCGUUUGGCCAGUUGAUCAUAACAAAAUUUGGAGAAAAAAUCUGUCAUUUAUUAUCAUAUUCAUCCUAAUCACCCCCUUUUUAUUUAUCUGGAAUACUGUAAUUUCUCCAAAAAUUCUGAUUUUCUAUUUUGGCGGAUUUUACAUAAACUACCAGAAGCUAGUUCCGUGGGCUGGAAUGUCUCUAUUUCUGAUGAUUCUUCGAUCGAUAGCAGUUGGGAUUACUGUAGUUUCUACAGUAAUCACAUUUUGGAAAAUGACAAAAAUGAGGAAUCGAUUGAAGAAAUCAGAGAAGACGUUGUGUUUUGCAUGUGCCGGAACUUCGAUUUGUUUUUUUAUUCCAGCGAUUUUUGAAGCUUUUAAAGCGCUGAAUUCUUUUUGGGCAAAACAUUGGAUGGCGUAUUUAUUACAACCAUUUGCAUGGGAUGUUUUGAAUGUUGGCUCUCCUUUGGUCCUAAUUUUUGCUAGCAAUCAACUCCGUGGACAUGUUUUUGGAUUGAAAUGUUCGGAAAAACGGAACUCGACAAAGUCGAAUUCAAUUUUUCUGACUUCAAAUUCUUUGACGACGAGUCACAGAAUUUCGAAUUUCAAGAAAUAA